CUUAGCCUACUCUUACUAAUUAUUGAGGAAAUCAGCCAAACACACUCCAAAGCCAUUUCCUAAGCCUUUAUCACUUCAACCUGAGCCAGCAUAUUCUAUCAGUCACUAGCACACAGAGAGUCGAGAUGGUGGAUAGUUGCCAUUUUUCCCCAUCCGAAUUCUUUUAUGACAGUUCUUGCAUCCCUUCUCCGGAGGAGGAAUUUACAGACGACUUUGAGCAUGGGAUGCCUGAUUAUGAAGCGCACAAAAAAGGCUUCCAGGAGUCGGAUGAAGAGGAGCACGUGAGAGCACCUACAGGUCAUCACCAGGCUGGCCACUGUCUCAUGUGGGCUUGUAAAGCCUGCAAAAGAAAGUCAUCUACUAUGGACAGAAGAAAGGCAGCUACCAUGAGAGAGAGGAGGCGACUGAAGAAAGUUAACCAUGCAUUUGAGACUCUCAAGAGGUGUACUACUGCAAACCCUAAUCAAAGGCUGCCCAAGGUGGAGAUCUUAAGAAAUGCCAUCAAAUACAUAGAGAGCCUGCAAGACCUGCUAAGAGAACAGGUAGAGAGCUAUUACAGCCUUCCAGGACAGAGCUGCUCUGAACCUAACAGCCCGGUGUCCAGCUGCUCAGAUCGCAUGACGGAAUGCAGCAGCCCACAAUGGUCCAGAAGAAAUAGGUAUGACAAUGCCUAUUGCACCGAUUUACCAACAUCCUUUCCUACAAACAAACUCACAGCACUCUCGAGCCUUGACUGCCUGUCUAAUAUAGUGGAUCGAAUUGCUUCCUCUGAGCAAUGUGUUCUCUCUCUUCAAGACUCCAUCUCAUCGUCUCUUUCCAACAGCACUGAUUCUCUGCCAAGCACCCCUGAGACCCCCGAUUCCAGACCAGUGUACCACGUGCUCUAAGUUCUACUAAAGCAUUGCAGGUCAUGUACCUUAAAGACAUUUCCUUGAUAUCAGAGGAUCCCUAUCGCUUCCUAUAAAGGAGUGAUACAACUAUAAAUAUGGUGUACAGAACAUGAAGGACAUUUUUUACAUGCCUAAAUUAUAUUUCUACUUGGCUACGUAUCCUAUUUAACUGGAUUUUUAUGAAGUAACAUUCUUUGUGGCAAUUAAAUACAGCAAUAAAAAAUGUAAUUUCUUUUUUUUUAAAUUGAAUUAUGAACUUAAAUGACAUUUAGCACAUUGUCUUUUAGAAUUUAAUGUUUGCAUAAACCAGA